GCACCUAAGAUAAAACUUCCUCCUCAAUAGACACUGGAUGUGAUCACUUUCAAAAUGGAGUCUUUCCCCCAACAAAUGUAAGUGCAUUAAAUUCGUGUCCUAUAGUUUGUCUUUUUAAUGUAAUUAAUCAGAUAAUUUUUCUGAUUUCUAAAUAUUUUGAACAGUGUAAUUGAGAAACAAAAAGAUAACUUUCCCAGUAUAAACAUUUAAAUAUCAACAGAUGUGAGAGACUGCAGCACAUGUCGGAAUCAGUGUUUGUGGUACUGUGUGAGAUAGUGGGAACCUCACAUCAGGUGACCAUCAGGAGGGAGGCAGAGGACAUCAAGGAGAUGGUGAGGAGACGAGUGACACCUAAUAAUGAGAUCAUUAGGAUGAUGAGUGGAAGUAUGAGGGAAGGAUUUAGACUAGAGGGAUCAGAUGUGGACUGGAUGUACUGGCCAAACAACUACCGAGUGAUCAUGGACAUGUCUCAAUCUGACUAUUACAACACAGCUAAUACAACCUUCAUUCUCUCUGACAGUACUGAGAGUCCACCAGGAUUCACUUUGCUUAAGUUACUGACACCACCAACAAACAGAGACCUCCGAUCAGCAUGUGUCAGAAUGAAUAAUAGAGUCUAUAUAUCUAGUUCUAUACACAGAGGGUUAACUUGUUCAACAGUAUUUCCUAAUUCUACUGUACACGGUCCCUGUGGUAGUGGUGUUUUAGGUGGACUACUAGAAUAUGACAUUGCCUUCUGUUUUGUUUGUGACUUUUGGCCUCCGUCUGCCUCCUCAUGGAUAGACAGAUGUCACUCAUGGCCUGCCUCUAAGGUUGUUGGUGAUAUUGUCAGAAAUGGUUGUCACUUUGUGGCAAUAGGACAUUCAUUAGGACCCCAUGAACAUGAAGAAUGGAGAAUUUCCUUUUCUCAAGCAGAAUAUAAACUUGUGUACUCUAUGAACCACUGUCAGUUUUUGACAUAUGGGUUGUUAAAACUUUUCUUAAAAGAAGUAUUAAAUCAGCAAUCAGAAGAAACCAAUAAACUGUUGUGUUCCUAUCACAUGAAGACAACUAUUUUCUGGGCCAUUCAACAAAACAUGCUACCUCACUGGUGUCCACAAAAUCUCCUGGCCGGUUUCUGGGUCUGCUUUAAACUCCUCUUAAGAUGGGUGUGUGAGGGGAUCUGUCCUAACUUUUUCAUUCCACAAAACAACCUGUUUCUGACAAAGGUCCAUGGCUCAGCACAAAACAGAUUGUUCCUACAGUUACAUGAAUUGUACAAGAAAGGUCUGGCCUGUCUGUUACAGAGUUCCUCUAUCAGGUCCUACAUCAUUGAUGUCCUGUACAAUCCGAGACUUUCUAUUUGUACAGAUAAGAGUAUCAUGAGAUCAGAAGUUGAUUAUGAUAAAGAAUUAAUCACUGAGUUGGGAUGUGUUAAUAUUACUGGUGUGGAUCUGUGUUACAUUACCAAAGCCAUACACACGAUAGAACAGUAUGUGGAGUCACCAAAGUCACUUUAUCAAGUUGUUACAUUAUGGUAUCUUACAGCGGUAAUUUUUCAACAAACUGCUUUUUUAUUACAAAACAUGUAUACUAACAAAAGAGCCAACAAACAGAUGUAUAUUGCAGACAAAAAAUCCUGUCACAUGCUGAGAUUAGCUGCCAAGUUUGGGUGUAUAUCUGACAUGUUGUACAUUGCCAUGUAUUAUUACAAGACACUCAGAUACAGGGAAGCUUUAUCUGCUAUAGAGAUGACAAAGGUCAAGUUAGCACAGCCAUAUCUGAUGUAUAAUAGACAUGUAGACAGAGAGAGGUAUACUGAGGCUGUUGGGGGACAGUCCUGGUCUACAAAGAUCAGACAGGCUGUAGCAUGGGACAUAGCACUUGGCACAAGAAUCUGUUAUAUCAGUGAACUAAUACCAGAACAACAGUCUGCUCUACAGAAAGGAAAGGCUCGUACAUUGAUCAUCCCAGUGUUUGUAAUGUUGUAUUUCCUAGAGUUCUUGUGUUACAGACACAUUGAUACAACAUUAUCACAAGCAGCUCUAGAUGAUCUACAGGUCCUAGUCCACCAUGAUCGGGGACUGUAUAUAUCUGAUAUAUACAGAGACAUCUCCUGGGAGAUCCUGGGGAUCUGUCAACAGAUGGCAGGGAACCUCCAUGCUGCUCUAUACUCAUACCAACAGUCACUAAUCUCAGAGUCUUCAUUCAGUGAUAUACAAAGUGCCACACAGGGUAGAAUACAGGAUAUGGUUCAGUUAACACCACACCAGUAUCAGUAAUUUGGAAUAUAUAUCUGUCUUAAAUGAAAAGUCGUUGACAAAAAUAAUAUGACUGUAUGUAUAGAUAUAUGUAUAGAUUUUAACACAGUAAAAUUGCAUGCACUUAGUUUCAUCCCCAUAUCUAUAUAUAAUUCUUAAAUUACAAAAAUGAUGUAGACCAGCAUAAACUUUGGAGAGCAGAACAUCACUGGGUCCCCAGAGAUAACUAAUGUAUUCAGUGAUCUUUGUAAGGCCAUGAUGUCCGAUGACGAGAGCCGAUCACCAGUUUACUCACCAGUCAAGACAAAGAGGUCUGUGUUAGUGAGACUCAACGAAUCCCCAUUAAAAAUACCACUUGGUGAUAGUUUUGAGGAACCUGAGAUUAGUAUUGAAAAAAUGCAAAGGGUAGAGUCAGUGUUUUAAAUAUUCAUGAUGUAAAGAGACAGGGAAAUGAUGACAAAGCCAAGGAAAGUUCUGGAUAUAACAAUGUUGGAUCUGGACACCAUCCAGACCAAUCCAUGGAACCUGUUCUGGAUAAAUAAAUGUGCUGUUCUAAAUAGACGAAAUUACUGUGAAUAAGAUUCCGUGCUUAUUGCUCAUGGUGAUUAAAACUUAUAGCAACAUUCAACUCUCUUUGCGUUUAGACUCGGAACUCUUCUAGUGUUACCCCAGCCGCUAAGAUAAAAUUCAAAGUCUGAUUUACCAACAACAAACACAGCAUAACCAACAAACCAAGUGUCCUUUACAUAAAUAUCUACUGACUCUUUAGACAAAAGCAAGUUCCAUGUCAUCAUCGACAGUUCACAUUUGUAUGCGAGUUAGAAAUCAGUCCUUGUGUUCACUUUAUAAAGAAAUUUGGGUAUAACUAAUAAUCAAACAAUAACAUUAUAUUUUUUCUCUAAUAAAUGGUGUGUUAGCUAAAAAUCAAUGUAUUGGCACUUGUGUUUGUGCUAAGAUGAGUAUGCGCCAAAUUUCCUCGUUUUACAUUAUAUACACUAAAUUUCACAUCAACCAUUUCAGAACAUAGUCUUUAAAUCUUCAGAGAGUUUCUGCUGAUGCCAUUAGAACUGGUAACCUUGGAUAUUAUUAAUGUUGU